AAAAUUAUAAGAAAACUUGUGAUGUAACAGACUUUUUAUUGUUCAAACCAACGCUCCAUGGCCUCCGAUGGACUGAACGGUAAGAAGACGAAAAGAGAGGGGGGAAAAUAUAGAAUUAGAAGACCUCUGUGACAUUAAGAAGCGCCCAGAGGUAUUUUAGUCUGGCAGAGCUAACUCCUGGCCAGGGAGACCCCGGAGGGAUACAGUGAGCCAGAAGAGGUGAGGAGAACAGAGGGGAAGAGAAUGGAGUGGUAGAAAGAGGAGUAUUUUUAGGGUGGUCUGUUAUCUGUGGAGAGGAGGGCGUGUGGUAUCACAGCCAGGUCACAUCGCUGAGGGGAGAAACAGCACGAGCUCUCCGCUGAGACGCUAGAUAAGGAGGAGCAGAACAAUGAGAUCUCUCUCCGUCGCUCGUACAUGCACUUAAACAUCCACACACACACACACACAUGUACACGCCGAACAAUCAGCAACCACAUCCACAGGAAGACACGCUGCAGCUCUCACACAUCCUCUCGCGCAUACUCAGAAACCCUCAGCUGUGUUAAAAGAUCACAUCAGGAUGGGUCCUCAGAGCUCCACAGGUGACUGCAGAGAGUGUUAUAGCUCUGGAGGCCGGCAGACAAAACCAACAUUAUCGCUGAAUCUCUUCACCGCGUCUUCCUCGAGCUCCCUCCAUCUAUCUCUCCUCUAUUCUGGCCCUCUUGCGAUGUAAAUGCCAGCAGAACAGAUGGAUGCGGAGAACAUCUCAUCACUCUGACACCAUGUUUAUGCAAUCACAUGCAAACACACCACGCAAACACACUCCACGUGCACACACACAUAUACAGUGCAAGAUGGUUGGUGGAGAUUUCUUCAAUCAUCAAAGUAAGCGCAUGAUGCAUGGUACAAACACACACACACACACACACACACACACACACACACACACACACUUUUGGUGUUUUGGUGAUUUGAUGAAACCUUCUGUUCGCUUCUUCCUUUGUUUAUACUGAACACACACGCACAUAAGCACGGACACAUAUACACACAUGAAUUGAGUAAUUCACCAGACUAGCAGCUGUUAUGGAGAGAACCGGGUUCUAACGGACGCCUCUGACAUGCUAAUGACGCUUUGUCGACCCAAGGACUUCAACCACACACGCUCACACCGUACAGAUUUAGAACGUCUGACUAUUAUCCGUCACAGAACCCAGAGAAUAUCGGUCUAGUUGUGUGAAUAUUAAAUGGUUUUAGCUCCCAGAACGAUGUAGGCACGCCGUGUAGGACUGCAAGCCAAAUGAAACCCUAGCUCACUCCAGGAAUAUCUUAGUGAGGCUUUGAGGGAAGAUCCGUUUUCAACACCCAACACCCCACAGCACUCCACCAGCCACCCACCCACCCAAUCAAAUCCUCACUGGCAAUGCGCUGCUCCUCAUCUCUCUUCUCUGCUUCUUUUGUUCAUCUCGCUCUGCCGCCCACACACCUACCGUCCCUCGGGCUUUUCUCUUUACACUCUCACGCACAUGCACAAAUUUACAUUUGGCUACUUCAUACUUUGCUUUAUUUCUUCCUGUCCUUUCUCUUCUCUUCACCACUAUCAGACACUCAGAGAUUUGGUAUGAAUGCAGGUUCACAUGUGUGCUAGCAAACACACACAGGGCCUAUAUUUAGUGCUUUACAAUACAGAUGUGUGGGCAGCAACCAUCUGGGGCCUCAAAUGGAACAAAAAAAGUCUGUGUCGAUGUGGGUUUGUGUGGCACAGGGCGAAGGGCCAAACUUAAAGUAGGGGUUCGAGGCAGGGGGAAUCAUUGUGGAAACCCCCUCCAGAGAGCUGGGAAUCUCUGGGGAGAGUGGGACAAACAUCCUGACCGUCAUCAAUCAAAACUUUGGUGACACAAAUGACCAGAAACAACGGAGUGUUCUCCAUCCAUGUCACUGUGUCACCUCCGCCCCACAGCCAUGUCCCACCCACCUGCGCCGCCGCCCCAUAGGCCCUCGCCGAACGUUGCUCGAUGCAAUUGGACCGUCGGUCCCCGAGCGAAAUCGUGAUCCCCUCUCGGCUAAUUGGGUCUUUGUGAUUGCGCAGUCUAUCGUGGCGCUGGGGGAGAAUGAAACGUGAAAACGGUAUUAUGGUGGAGGGGGGAAGAGUGGCAGCUCGAAGCGGGGUGAUCGUUUUUGGCGUCUCAAAGUGCCAGAUGCUCUUCCUGGGUCCAUUAUGAUGCCUUACAGGGGAUUGAGAUGGUUUCGGCGUAGCAACUGUGAAGACACAAAAGCAAGAUGGAGACCAAGCGAGAUGGAGAAACACACAAACACGCUUGCGAAUGCAGGCGUGCACAUACGCUUACGUAUGCGCUUAGACAUACAGAUCCUGGUUUAAAACACUCCCAAAAAACCAACCAAACACUUGAUUUUGAGUUCUCUUUGUUGGUGAUUGCAACAGAGGGUAUCAGAACUUACAUUUGUACGUGUUAAUAAGGUUUGAACAAGGCAGAACAUGUUUCUGUUGCACCUUUUGACGUUAAACUGAACAACAGAUUGGGGGAAGCCGCACUGGAUCGAUGCAAAUGAUGCAAAAGUGUUCAUCAAGCUGUGCCUCCAUGGAAAGGGAGGCAGCGUGUAGGAGGACGGGUCAGGAGGCUCUUUGUUUGCUCCACCACAAGUCUGCACGAGGGCUUUAUGGUUGUGACUACGCCUUGCAUCAACUCCAUCUACUUUAUUUAUUAUAUCCAUAUGGGAUUACAACUAUUUCAAACUGUAGGUGACAGAUGGUGGGGGACUGAUUGAAGCUGCCUGUCCUCAUGUUAGCAGCUUUAAAAUAUCCUACUGCCUGCUAUCUAAUAUCCCUCACCAUCCAUUGGGUCUCUCCUCCUCUUCCACCCAACACCCAUCAACAGGUGGCGCUGUAGUCACACUCUUCACUGCUGCUCAGGACAAAGAGCUUCCAGCAACCUCAAGCCCCAAAUCAGGCUGUUCAGCUCUUUAUCAAGAAAUUGUAACACAUUCAUGUUUUGAAAUGCAUGUGACAGACUGUAGGAUUUUUUUUUUUUUUUAAAGGGUGAUGUUUUAUGACCACAUGCCUGCUGGGGUUCUUUAGGUUAUCUUCUGACAGUGAGAAUACAUAACUAGAGCAUGUCUUUCCUCUAUUAUAGUCCUCAUUAGUGGGUUCAAACAGGGGGCUCUGGUAAAAUCAGGGAAAACAUAUGUGUUAGGUUUUACGCAGAUUAAAGUUAUAGUACAAACAGGAAAGAGUGCCUUUGUUUUCCUUAGUAUUUCAAACACAAGAGCCUCCAAAUAAUCAUUCCAACUGAUUGCAGCUAUUUCCAAAAUUCUUCUUCUCACUGUGGUCCACCUUCACUUGCCUUUUUGAGGAAUAUUAACAGUGUGGAUGCACCACGCUGACACAGUACUGUAUGUCAUUUGGCUCAUGUCAUUUGAGUUACCAUUAAGGGAAGCGUCUGAGUGUGAGAGACCGCCCCGGUAUCCGCUGCUGCAUCCAACUCAGCUUUCACACUUGGGUUCAUUCACACACACUUUUCCCACCGGGAUGGAGCCGCUUCAGCCAGCGCGCAGAGCCAACGGGGGACGCACUCGUUUCCACUCGGCACACAUGGCAGCGAAUUUGUGGCGAACGCUCUCCACGUCCAUCUGGAUAAUAACACUAGUUUCAAGUUCGAGGACGAGGAUUUAUCCGCCCAAUGAAGUGACACUGCUGGAUACCAGGACAGUGCCAGGAGAACUGAAAUGGGCAGCCAGUCCUUCAGAGGGAGGGUGGGAAGAAGUGAGCAUUAUGGACGAGAAGAACAUCCCCAUCAGAACGUACCAGGUGUGCAACGUCCUGGAACCCAAUCAGAACAACUGGCUGAGGACAGACUGGAUCCCUCGGUCCGGCGCUCAGCGGGUCUAUGUGGAAGUCAAGUUCACCCUGAGGGACUGUAACAGCCUGCCAGGAGUCACCGGCACCUGCAAGGAGACAUUCAACCUGUACUACCAUGAGUCAAAUGAAGUCAGAGAGAGCUACAUCAAAGAGAGCAGCUUCAUUAAGGUGGACACAGUGGCAGCAGAUGAGAGCUUCACCCAGGUAGACGUGGGAGACCGCAUCAUGAAGUUAAACACUGAAGUGCGAGAUGUAAAAGUGACGACCCGGAAGGGCUUCUAUCUGGCCUUUCAGGAUGUUGGCGCCUGCAUCGCUUUGGUUUCUGUCAGAGUUUUCUACAAAACCUGUCCGCUCACCAUUCGUAACCUGGCGACUUUUCCUGACACCGUUACCGGGGCCGACACCUCCUCCUUAGUGGAGGUCAGGGGGUCCUGUGUGAACCAAUCAGAAGAAAGAGAGGAGCCUAAAAUGUACUGUGGCGCUGAUGGAGAGUGGUUGGUUCCUAUUGGUGGAUGUUUCUGUAGCCCCGGAUAUGAAGAGAAGGGCGGCGCCUGUAAAGCCUGUUCUGCUGGUUUUUAUAAGGCAAAGUCUUCAGAUGCCGGAUGCUUUAAGUGUCCUCCACACAGCCACUCGGUCAGAGACGGAGCAACCGUCUGCGACUGUCACUCUGGAUUCUUCCGUGCCGAUAGUGACCCUCCCUCCAUGGCCUGUACCCAGCCGCCAUCAGCCCCGCAGCAGCUCAUCUCUGUGGUGAAUGAGACCUCGGUGGUCCUGGAGUGGGCCCCCCCUCGCCGGCUGGGAGGCAGAAGUGACACCAGCUACAGUCUGGAGUGUCUCAUCUGUCAAAGCGGGGGCCACAGUCAGACGGGUGGCAGAGCCCUCCCAAGGAAUCGCAGUGUCUCCCUGCCUGAGGCCCAGCAUGGUGGCCCGGCGAUGCAGUCAGACCAAGGCAUUGUGGGACCUGAAGUCCAGUUGGGCAGAGGAGUGUUCCAGAGCAGAGAUUACCCCCGGAUGGGCUCUGGCUCCAUCUCCAGCUCUCAGCUCUGCCUGCCCUGUGGCUCCGACGUGCUCUUCUCCCCAGGCCAGACUGGCCUAAAGACCACCAGGGUGGUGGUGAGCGAGCUCCGGGCCCACACACACUAUACCUUCAUUGUCCACGCUCGCAACGGGGUCUCCCAGGCCAGCGGCGCAGGGGCGGCACAGAGCGUGUCGGUCAGCGUCACCACCAACCAAGCAGCUCCCUCUCCAGUGUCGUCCAUUCUUGCCAUUGAUGUCACCAGACACAGCUUGUCGUUGUCGUGGCAACAGCCGGAUCGACCCAACGGGGUCAUCCUGGAAUACGAGGUCAAGUUCUAUGAAAAGGAUCAGAAGGAGAGGUCCUACCGCAUAAUGAGGACCUUCUCUCGGAGCGUCGAUGUCACGGGCCUCAACCCCCUCACUGUGUACGUGUUUCAUGUGCGCGCUCGCACAGCUGCUGGGUACGGAGAGUUCAGCGCUCCGUUUGAGUUCUCCACCAAUUCAGAUCCCUUCCCUCUGAUUGGAGAGGGAGUUAACUCUGCCUUCCUGCUGCUGUCUGUCAGCGGGGUUGGAAUUUUACUGCUGAUAUCUGCAGCUGUCUUCAUCAUUAGUCGCAGGAGGAGCAAGUACAGCAAAACAAAGCAGGACUCUGAGGAGGAGAAACAUCUAAACCCAGGAGUCAAAAUCUACGUGGACCCGUUCACCUAUGAGGACCCCGAUCAGGCCAUCCACGAGUUUGCCAAAGAGAUUGAUGUUAGCAGCAUUCACAUUGAAAAGGUUAUUGGCAUGGGAGAGUUUGGGGAGGUGUGCAGUGGUCGGCUUCGUGUUCAGGGAAAGAGGGAGAUCUACGUGGCCAUCAAGAGUCUGAAGGCGGGAUACUCUGACAAACAGAGGAGGGACUUUUUAUCUGAGGCCUCCAUCAUGGGGCAGUUCGACCAUCCCAACAUCAUCAGGCUGGAGGGUGUUGUUACAAGAUGCAAGCCACUGAUGAUCAUCACAGAAUACAUGGAAAAUGGAUCCCUGGAUGCAUUUCUUCGGAAACACGACGGCCAGUUUACAGUGAUCCAGCUGGUCGGCAUGCUGCGAGGCAUCGCCUCAGGUAUGAAGUACCUGUCAGACAUGAGCUACGUUCACCGAGACCUGGCAGCUCGAAACAUCCUGGUCAACAGCAACCUGGUGUGCAAAGUGUCUGACUUUGGCCUGAGUCGAGUUCUGGAGGACGAUCCAGAGGCCGCCUACACUACAAGGGAGGCCACUGGGACUUAUCUCUCCCCUGGAGGGAAGAUCCCCAUCAGAUGGACGGCUCCAGAGGCUAUAACCUACAGAAAGUUCACCACGGCCAGCGAUGUGUGGAGUUACGGUAUCGUCAUGUGGGAGGUGGUUUCAUAUGGAGAGAGACCCUACUGGGACAUGAACAACCAGGAUGUGAUUAAAGCGAUAGAGGAGGGCUACCGUCUGCCUGCUCCUAUGGACUGUCCUGUGGUGCUGCACCAGCUCAUGUUGGACUGUUGGGAGAGAGAGCGAGCAGAGAGACCCACCUUCAGCCAGAUACUCAACAUGUUGGACAAACUCAUUCGCAACCCUGGGACUCUGCGUCGGACAGGAGGGGACAGGUACAUUAUGCACAUACCCGCAGGGACCAUGUUGGAGUCGGGGAUGGGUUCAGAGGUGUGUGUGUCGGUCUUACCGGAGGUGUGUGUGCCGGAGUGGUCGGUGUGUGAGUGGCUGCAGUCCAUCGGCUUGGAGAGGUACAGAGACACCCUUGCAGCGGCAGGUUACACCAGCCUUGACAGCCUCCUGGCUCUCACACACCAGGAGAUGGACAGACUUGGAAUAAUCACACCGUCACAUCAGGACAUACUAAUUGCAAGUGUGCAGCAAGAAGUGCUGUCUCAGAUGCAACACAUGCAACACUCGAUGGUUCCGGUCUGAGCCGGCGAACAGAUACAAAAACCUGUUUUUGAGAAGAAUUUCAUUUACCUCAUCUGUGCACUUUAGAGGGACUUUUCACCAGUGGAAAUACAAGGAGCCGAGGAACGUAAGAAUGCGAAGUGAGGAGAAGAAGAUGAAGAAGAGAGAGAAAAGCAGCACUUUUGUGAAUUUCCAUCCUGUGGAGUUUUCUAUAAACCAUGAUCUGGACGUGGCCACAGAUAGCAUUGAGCUACAGAGAGCUGAGAGCGACGCCUCAUCCUCUUAUCCAGUUCUAUUUUUUUCCCUUGUUUUCUUAUCUGUUUCGUGAAGGCUGACGUGCAUAAGCAGAAUGGCUUCCAACUUAUUUUCUUUUGCUGCUUUGUGCUUGACUUGAAUAAACUGUGUUUGCUCGUACGUCUGUGUGUGUGUGUGUGUGCGUGCGUGCGUGCGUGCGUGUGUGUGUGUAGCGUGAAUGCAUCCAACAUGGAAUCUCCCUUGUUAAGAUGUCAGCUUUUGAAUAAUCUUUGAAUAAUCUUAAUAUGCAACGUUAAAGAGAGUGGGAGGAGUCAGACAGAAUGUAUCAUUACAAGCUCUUAAUAGUUUCAUACUGGAGGAUCAUGCUAACAAACUGUAUGAUUUGCUUAUGUUUUGUUUUGUUUUGUUUUGUUUUUUAAAUUUGAAUUGUAUGAAGUAUUGUUUCUGUUAAAUUAGACUUUUAGAUUAGAAUGUCCUCCAUUGGUGUCUGUGUAUACUUCUGUUGUUUAAUGCUAAAAGUUAGCUACAUGAAGCAUUUUGUUUAUUUAUGGUCCUUUUUCUAUCUAGUUUGUACAUUGUAAAAUAGAAACACUGAGGAGAUAUUGUAAUGAGUGCCAUAUUGCAUUGCAAUAAAUGCCAAACCCAUCCAUGUA